CAACAUGAGCAGCAGAGCAUUCAGCUGUGGUUACACAGACAACAGAACAGACUGACACGAAAAAGAUCAUUCCCCGUCUUUUAAGUAACCCAUUACGCGAUUUCCCGCCCGCUGAUUGGUGCCCAGAAAAGCAGCAGAUCGACCACGGACCACGGACCAGUUCGAUGUGGGCUUGUCUUGGCGAAACCCGCAAUUUCACCUUGGGAGAUUAUCUGUCCAAGCUGUUUUUCCUGCCCCCUCCAAAACCAAUCCAUGUCAAGUGACUGACUGGCAAACCUGGGGCCUGUGUGAGUGAGUUUGCGUAACGUGGGACAGUCCAAAAAUCAUGGUUGUGAGAUGUCGGGGCAAAAGACAGAGAAGAGAGCGUGGCUGUUGCGUGGGAGUGAGUGACAAGAGCCCCAUCUCGGAUCUUAAAAAUGGCACAGAAAAUCAUAGAAUCAACAACCACCACCACAUCUUUCACGCCUCCCCCUUGGAAGAGGGAGCCCUUGCCGCCUGUCGGGUUCCCCGCCGUGUGUGUGUGUGUGCCGCGCCGCGCCAAUCGAAGAUUGGAUGGAGCGAGAAGGGAAUGGGUAACGCUUGAGAGAGAAAGAGAGGACUGGAGGGAUGACCCCCCCCUCGUGUUUGAAAAAGAGUGGACUGGGGGAGAAGGGUUACCGUCGUCACGGUCAAAGGUACCUUGGUACCUACAGCUAUUCACGCAUUGGCAGACCAAGCAAACGCCCAUCACCGCCCGAGGGUUGCAUGUCCUAGCCUCUCCCUCUUUGUUUUUUUUUGUGGGUAUCAUGGUAGUGGCAUGGGGAUGCGAGACCACACCAAAAGGUGUUGGCUGGCUGAGAGCGAAGAGGCGAAGGCGCAAGCCGCAAUAACGUAGCUGGCUAUUUAGUACUCCCACCUUCCAACCUUCCCCCCCCCCUUGGCUCUCAUUCUUUCCUCUUCCCUCUCCUCAUCUCUUCAUCAUCAUCAUCAGUCUUAUACUGCCUAUCUGCUGUGUGUUGGAUCUCUCUUCCUAAUAAUACUGUCGCUACCAUCUUGACACAUUCUUUAAAGUAAACAAACCCUCACUUUAUUGUCUUAAUAUCAACAUCAACACCACAGCCAAAAUGCGCGUCACAUCCCUCAUCCUCACCGGCGCCCUCGCCGCCCUCGCCAGCGCCCAGGGCACCUCCACCACCGUCUCGAUCAACACCUCCAUCGACCCAGCCACCGCCGCCCAAAACUCCCAGCAGGCCGAGAUCCUCCGCUGCAUCAACGCCUGCACCCCCGGCGACGUCAACUGCACGGCCAAGUGCAACCCAGUGCCCAACCCCGGCGAGCAAGAUGUCGAAGCCACAAACAAGUGCGUCUCCGAAUGCCCCAAGGGCAACGGCACCGAAGCCGACAACCUCGCCUACGGCCAGUGCUACAACGCCUGCGAGGCCUAA